AUGUGCAAGCGCUGGGGCCGGUACUCGGAAGGCAGGAAGCCGUGUGGGCAGACUCUCUCUCUCUCUCCCUUUCCCCGUGUCACUGCUUGCGUCACACACAGGGAGUUUUCCACUGACGAAAAGGUGGUGCUGCUGAGCAAGUUGAAUCACACAACGCGAGCUUCGGCUGGUACGCUCUAAUGCAGACCGAGGCGAAAAAAAAAAGAAAAGAACGACCAGCAGUCUAGACUGUGCGAGGCUAAGCUCGCUUGUGAGGAAUUUGUUUCACAAACACAAAAAGGAUUUUUGUUGUCUUUCAUUUAUGGUGGACGGAUACACAAACUGUUGCAGAUUGACUGAGUAGAUCACAUCAACCAUGAGCGGGGUACUCAAGAGAAAGCUGGACGAGGACCCUUGCUACUCUUCCUCAUCCCCCUCUUCCUCCUCAGGAUGGGAGUCGGACGGGGAGAGCUCCUCCCCCGAGACCCUGGACUCCAGACCCAGCAAUCCCAGCUCCUUGCCAGCUCAUUUCACCACUACGUCAAUCUUGAAGAGAGCCAAGCGGAUUCGGAGAAACACCGUGCAAUUCGAUCAGGUCACCGUGUUCUUCUUCCCGCGCUGUCAGGGCUUCACCAGCGUGGCCAGCAGGGGGGGCUGCACCCUGGGCAUGGGCAGGCAGCACAGCGCCUGCAGGCGGUACACACUGUCUGAGUUUGCUCAGGAGCAGCAGCACCUCCGCAGGGAGAAGCUCAAGGAUCGUCUCCGGGAGGAGAAACUGGAAGUCCUCAAGCAAGAGCUAGCUAAAAAUGGUACUGCGGAGUCCAAAGAGGCCGCCCAGCUGACGUUGGAUGACGUAUCUGAAGAUGACAUUGACAUUAGCGGAGUGGACUUCGAGGGUGGCUUCUUCCUCCAUCCCUAUCCAUCCAAGAGACGGCAUGCGCUGCUGAAGGCCGCUGGUGUCAAGAAGAUCGACAAGGAGGAGAAGCGCGAGCUGCACGCCAUCCGGCUCUCCCGGGAGGACUGCGGCUGCGACUGCCAGGGCUUCUGCGAGCCCGAGACCUGCAGCUGCAGCCUGGCUGGGAUCAAGUGCCAGAUGGAUCAUUCUUCGUUUCCCUGUGGCUGCACAAAGGACGGCUGUGGGAACACGCAGGGCCGGAUCGAGUUCAACUCGAGCCGCGUUCAGACACACUACAUCCACACCAUCAUGAAGCUGGAGCUGGAGAAGAGGCUGGAGGAGAGCACAGACACCGGGGAGCAGUGUGGGAGGAGGCAGUGGCUGGAGGAGAGCACGGACACCGGGGAGCAGUGUGGGAGGCAGCAGCAGCAGAACCCCUUUGGUUUCCAGUCGGAGGAGGAGCUCCAGGCCAUUCCCGCCAGCCCCAGCUUUCACUUCAGCGCCAAGCUGGACCCCAUCGGAGAGAACAGCUGCAGCAGCGACAUGACAGACUCCUCCAGCUCCUCGAGCCAGAGCGAGUACUCCUCUGGGCUGUGUGCUGGCAGCAGCAGCCCUCAGUCUGACAAGCCGCAGUCUGAUGUGGAUCACAAUGGGCUGGCCAGGAUUCUCAGCUUUAAUGACUCGGACAAUGAGGACUGCAGUAGCAGCUGCAGUGGUGACAGCUGCGACCGGCAGCGACAGGUCAACAUUGGCUGCUUCAACACCUUGGACUUCUUUAACGAUAAUAUUGUCGAGGGCCCCCAACACAACACGAAUGGAGGGGACAGCAGUAGCGGGCAUGUGUGCGGCCACAUGUCCAGCAUUUCAGAGUGCUUGGAUGAAAAUGCCAACCAAGACACUAUGAUGUUCCACAGCAGUGGCUCAAGCCAGGCAUUCCCCAGCACCCCGUCCCCUUCGAUUGAUCACUCAUCUCCAAGCUACAUGGACCUGAGCCUCUCGUCUGACUCGGAUUUCGAGUUCUUCCAUGGAUUUCCGGACUAUAGCCCUGGUCCUCUUUAUAACUCCUUGAAAGAAUAUGAGAAUCUGGACAGCUUUCUUCAGUUCCAGCUCCCCAGUUAUCCCAGCUUCCCCCAAAACGGGGACCCCGGCACGUGCUUUUUGGAGUCCCUAAUUGGCGUGUCGGAAUCCGUCCCAGAACCCCCCGCUGCUUUUACAGACAAUCAGCUCCUUGAAGAAGCCAUCAAGUCGUCAAUAAUGGAAUCUGUGAAGGUGUAAAAUACAGUACAGUUUCAAUCUUUACAAAAACUGACAAUUUAAAAAGAGAAACUAAUUUAAUGAGGACUGUGUGUGUGUAUUAUAUAUAUAUAUAUAUAUAUAAUGUUUUUUACAUUUUAUUGGAAGACUUGAUUGAUUAAGAAAGCUGUGAUUUAUAUAUAUAUAUAUAUAUAUAUAUAUAUAUAUAUAUAUUAUAAUGUGUAUAUAAAAGAUAUUUCUUACUUAGCCUCCAAAAAAUGUAGUACGAAUCAAACUGUGCACAGUAAAAGUACAAACUGGCAGCUAACGCACACAUUCUACUCAAACUCUUUGGCCUUUUCUGUAGCCUAAGGUCUGCAGAGAAAUCACAAAAGGCUGGGGAGCUUUUGUUUUUUAACAAUGACACUUUAGUCAAAUUCUAAGUGUGUUUGUUGUAAAAGCUGCCACGUGUAUAUGUGUGUGUAUAAUGUUUCAAUUUUUUUUAUUUGUUGCUAGUAUUUUAUUUUAAGAAAUAUUAUUAUUAUUAUUAUUAUUAUUAUUAUUAUUAUUAUUAUUAUUAUUAUUAUUUUGUCCUAAACUUGCAUUCAGAGUGCAUCUAAAAGGCAUCUUAAGAAGGAAAAUUAAGUGCAACCAGACUUCUCCUUGGAUUUAAUCUUAAUCAGGGCACCGCUGUCCUUAUAGUGGUUUAUAGAAAAAUAUCAAAUCAAAUGAUAGCUGAGUGCAGUUCAAUCCCAUGAUAGCUGAGUGCAGUUCAAUCCCAUGGUGGGUGAGUGCAGUUCAAUCCCAUGAUGGGUGAGUGCAGUUCAAUCCCAUGAUGGGUGAGUGCAGUUCAAUCCCAUGAUGGGUGAGUGCAGUUCAAUCCCAUGAUGGGUGAGUGCAGUUCAAUCCCAUGAUGGGUGAGUGCAGUUCAAUCCCAUGAUAGCUGAGUGCAGUUCAAUCCCAUGAUAGCUGAGUGCAGUUCAAUCCCAUGAUAGCUGAGUGCAGUUCAAUCCCAUGGUGGGUGAGUGCAGUUCAAUCCCAUGAUGGGUGAGUGCAGUUCAAUCCCAUGAUGGGUGAGUGCAGUUCAAUCCCAUGAUGGGUGAGUGCAGUUCAAUCCCAUGAUGGGUGAGUGCAGUUCAAUCCCAUGAUGGGUGAGUGCAGUUCAAUCCCAUGGUGGGUGAGUGCAGUUCAAUCCCAUGAUGGGUGAGUGCAGUUCAAUCCCAUGAUGGGUGAGUGCAGUUCAAUCCCAUGAUAGCUGAGUGCAUUUCUCUAAUGCUAGAGCCAUUCACUCUGUUCAUUGCAGUUGCUGGUUUUGUUACCUAGUGCUUUUUAAAAGGAGCAGCUGGUUGGGCAGCUUCACUAUCAUGUGAUUUCAGAUACUUUACCCCUGGCAAGCAUUCAGCUCUCUUUUAAUAACACGAAAGCUGUCACAUGGUACUCGCGUUUCCUUUCUGAUGUGUUGAGAGAUUCCUGAGCAGCACAUGGGUUUUGGAGUUGUGGUGUUUGUGUGCAGCACUGCUUUUGAGUUACAGCAAUCAUAACAUUUAUAUUUAUUACCAGCGUAAUGCUUUAAAACUCCAUGUGUAAAACAAACUAGAAUCUGUAAUACCUCAAAAGUAUUACAUCUUCGAAUUUAUUUUAUGCAGCUAAUAUGUAUUUAUUCAGAGGAGCAGAGGCCCUGUGGCUUUGUUAGGUGGGCUUUUUGAAAGUGCAAUCUUGUUUUUUAGUAGCACCAUCCCAAAACUAAACAUUGCUUUCCUCAACUGUUUACCUUUCUUUAAUGAAACUUACAGAAGAAAGAAAGAAAGAAGUCUUGGGUGGGGUGGCAUAUAAGAUGUCUGUAGUGCUGAGCAGGUGUUACAGUGAGAAACCGGUAAAUGCUCAACUCUUUUAGUUUGUCUCCUUGUUUUAGUACAUUUGGAUUUACAUGAUUUGGCUCGAAUUUAUUUAAUUAGUGCUUUGGUCACUCUGUCCAGGGUGGCCCAGUCUUGUGCCUGUUAUGCAGAGGAACCAUCUACAGCAGCCAGCACAAUCCAGGGGGGCUAUAUUUACUGUGGGACUGUGCAAUUGGUUCUUAGUAAUUUUACUUUUCAAAAAGCAAAAGUAAAAUGUUGAGGUAUAUGGGUCGAUUUUUGCUUAAUGUGUAGCGUGUCAAAUAUUUAUAAUUUUUGUAAAUAAAUUGCAUAUAGAAUCAAAAUUAAUCUGUAUUAAGAAAAUCAAAGACUAUUUUAGAAGGAAUCACAUUUGUCUUUUUAAAAUACCUUUUGUGCUAAAAAAAAAAACUAUUUAAAAUAAACUAUUUUGCAAAUUCUGAAAGAUUUGUAAUAUAUAAUAAACAGAACUAUUUUAUUUGAUAGUAAUGAAGGUUAUCGUUGUCAAGCAUUUAAUCUCUGUUUGACUGUCAUGGAGGAUUAAUAUAUUUAAAAGUUUGUUUUCUGAACUGCAUCAACACCAGUGCUUCGUUUUGACAAUAAGGUUGGAGCAAAAGAUUUUACACCGUGGCCAUGUUACACUCAACACACCUAUUGAUUUGGCAAUUCCCAGAACAAAAAUAUAUGCAAACAUUUUUUAACCUGCAAAAAAAAAAAUGUAAUAUUAAGGCUUUGCAACACUUUAAUGGAUAUAUUGCUGGGUUUACAAUCAAGUGAUAUGGUAUCUAUUUUGUAAUUUAUUAUCAAUAUGCAAUUGAAGAGUAAUAAUAUUUGUUCGGCCCCCUGUCAGAAGUUACUGUAUACAGUAGACUGUUCAAACUGUUUAGAGCACUGCUACAUAUCAAACAGUAGUAAAUCCCAUUUACAAAACGGUUUGUAUUUGACAGGCAUUCAAUAUGUGCUGGCCCUUGCAUGUGCUGGUUAGGCGCACAUUCCUAGGGUUCUCUGCAUAGAGCUCAUCUGCAGUAUGAUCUGCUGCAGGUAUAACUGCUUUGCUGCCUUGCUUUUGUAUAAUUUAUUUUAUUUUUUGUGUUUGUGCCAACAAGAGGGCACCAGGUUCUGUAAAUAAGUUGUCUACUAUUUUGUAUAUAUAUAAAAAAAUUGCUUGUUCUGAAGAAAACCUGGAUAUUUAUUAAUGUCAUCUUAUUAUUAUUAUUCUUAUUAUUUUAUUUUGUGUUUGAUCUUGUUUAUUUCACAAUGACCUUAUUUUUGUCUUUUUAUAUAUUGUAACUUUCUUUUUUAUUUUAAUUUGCUUAAGGUACUGCAGAGCAAAAAAAUAUAUAUAUAUAUAUUUUUUACAUUCAUUGUAAAGAAUGCAUUCUGUUUUAUAAACACUGCUCAUUUCAUCCAAGUAAUAUGAAGACCUCUCUGUUACUUCAAAUAAAAAAAUGAUUGUUGGAAA